GUGCUGAGGCACGAGGAGUUCGAGGAGGGCUGCAAGGCCAGCUGCAACGGCCCUUAUGAUGGAAAAUGGAGCAAAACAAUGGUGGGCUAUGGGCCAGAAGACAAUCACUUUGUUGCAGAAUUGACUUACAACUACGGCAUUGGAGAGUAUCGCCUGGGCAAUGACUUUCUGGGCAUAACACUUGUGUCCAGCCAGGCUGUGAGCAAUGCCAAGAAGAUGGGGUGGCCCCUCAAAGAAGUCACAACUGGCAUUUUUGAAGCUGAAGCCCCAGGGGGAUACAAGUUCUACUUGGAAGACAAGGAACAGCUCAAGCAAGAUCCUGUGCUAAAGGUAACCUUGGGUGUCUCCGAUCUGCAGAAGUCUGUUAACUACUGGUCUGAUUUGCUUGGGAUGAAAAUAUACGAGAAGGAUGAGGAAAAACAAAGGGCUUUGCUAGGCUAUGCGGAUAACCAGUGUAAGUUGGAGUUGAAGACUGUUGGAGGAGCGGUGGAUCACGGGACAGCGUUUGGGCGGAUUGCAUUCUCCUGUGCAAAGGAAGAGUUGCCAAACAUUGAAGCACUGAUGAAAAAGGAGAAUCAGAAAAUCUUAACACCUCUGGUUAGCUUGGACACACCUGGCAAAGCCACAGUACAAGUGAUUAUUUUGGCUGAUCCUGAUGGCCAUGAAAUCUGUUUUGUGGGAGAUGAAGCAUUCAGAGAUCUGUCCAAGGUGGAUCCUAAUGGUGACAAACUGUUAAACGAUGCCAUGGCGGCAGACAACAGCGACAAAUGGUUUGCUGCGCAGAAAAUGAAGAAGGCUUCUGCUUAG